AUGUCAAACGAUAAGAAACAGAGUAUUGUAUUCUUCCACCCCGAUCUCGGCAUCGGAGGAGCCGAGAGGUUAAUAAUCGACGCUGCCGUUGGGUUACAAAGGCGUGGCCACCAGGUAGUUAUCUUCACUUCACGAUGUGAUCCUCAGCAUUGCUUUGAUGAGGCUCGAGACGGAACACUCGACGUACGCGUUCGAGGUGACACUAUAGUUCCGCCCUCGAUUCUAUGCCGAUUCUCAAUCAUAUGUGCAAUUUUACGACAGUUUCACCUUAUAAUUUCAACAUACUACAGUUCUGAACUGGUACAACUUUGCCCUAAUGCUUUCGUCAUUGACCAGUUAAGUGCCGGCCUACCGUGGCUUGCCUACCUUUUCCCGAACACAAGAAUUUUAUUCUAUUGCCAUUUUCCAGACCUGCUAAUGGUCCAGGAUCGUUCCAAAUGGUGGAAGAGGAUUUAUCGUAUUCCAUUCGAUUUUCUUGAAGAAUGGAGUAUGACUUAUGCAGAUUCUAUUGUUGUUAAUUCAAAUUUCACUAAAGGAGUCGUGAAGAGGACCUUUUCGGGACUAGUAAAUCAGAAAAAGAUACAAAUUAUAUAUCCUUCAGUAAACACUUCGAAAUAUCACUCCCCAGAAAAUGACUCUCAAGAAAAAAUUCCAAGCGGCACAAGAUUGCUACUCAGUAUCAACCGAUUUGAACGAAAAAAAGACAUUGCUCUUGCUAUCAAAGCAUAUGCUGGCUUAGAAUCACAUCAGCGUCAGAAUGUCAAGUUAAUAAUAGCUGGUGGUUACGAUAACGAAAUCAAAGAAAAUGUAAUGCAUCAUAUAGAACUUGUUAACUUAGCCGAAUCGUUUGGUCUUCAAACUGAAACUCAUCAUGAUAAUUUUACGACCAAAAAAUUGGCAGGAGACAUAGAUGUCUUUUUUCUUCUCUCAGUACGGAACAGUUUAAAAGAUGCACUACUUAGAUCGGCUCGUCUCCUAAUAUAUACUCCAUCCAACGAACAUUUUGGGAUUGUACCCCUUGAAGCUAUGCUUGCUGGUGUCCCAGUAUUAGCAGCUAAUACUGGAGGACCCCUUGAAACAGUAGUAGAUGGAAAAACUGGAUGGCUUUGUUCCCCUGACGACGAGGAUCAGUGGACAAAAGUAAUUUACAACGUUUUGUUCAAUCUAACUGAAGAAGAACGCCUAGAAAUUGGUAAUUGUGGGACCGAGAGAGUAAAACAUGAGUUUUCUGACGCAAAGAUGGCAGAGCGACUAGAAGAAGCCAUAUCAUCUAUGAGUAAUCUAAACCGCAAAAGCUGUCAGAUCCUGCUAUAUAUUUUAGGGAGUAUUGCCAUGGGAUUUCUGGAUAUUUUGUACUUCUGUGCCUCUCGAUAUGUGGCUCAACGUAUACAAUUUGGUACAUUACAGCUACAACCGCUCGUUCUUUCAUCUCUAAUCAUUGGGGCCUGGACAGGAUAUCUUGCGAAAGUAUACUCGGGAGAAUAUUAG